CGGGGCUCGGCGGUAACGUUGUCCCGCCGUAGGUGCUGGGCCGGGCUUACGCGGUGUUGAGCGACCCCGAGCAGCGCGCUGUGUACGACGAGCAGGGCCUGGUGGACGAGGAGUCGGACGUGCGGAGCCAGGACCGCGACUGGGCCGAGUACUGGAGGCUGCUCUUCAAGAAGAUCACCAUAAAGGAUAUUCAGGAUUUUGAGAAGAAGUACAAAGGUUCAGAAGAAGAGCUGGCUGACAUUAAAUCAGCAUAUAAAGAUUUCAAAGGAGACAUGGACAAGCUUAUGGAAUCUGUGCUGUGUGUGGAUUAUACAGAUGAGCCCAGGAUAAGGAAGAUUAUACAGCAGGCCAUUGACUCAGGAGAGGUUCCAUCCUAUAAAGCUUUCAUUAAAGAAGCUAGGCAGAAAAUGAAUGCAAGGAAAAGGAGGGCUGAAGAAGAAGCUAAAGAAGCAGAGAAGUCCAGGAAAGAACUAGGCCUUGGUGAAGGAGAAGAUGACUUGAAAGCACUUAUUCAAACUAAAAAUCAGAAUCGGAAAAAAGACAUGGACAACUUUCUGGCUCAGCUAGAAGCAAAAUAUGGAAAUAAAUCUAAAAAAGGAGGAAAGAAAACGGUACUCAAGAAAGGGAAGAAAUAAACAGUUUGAGUUCCCAGCCUCUUCUUUUGCCCACAUGAUAACAUCUCAAUCUCAGUAAAUAUCUGUAGUCUUCCAGUUUAUCAGUAUAUGGAUGUAUCAAUCCUUGUAGAUGGAAAGAUACGGCAAAACGCAUCCUGAAGCAAAUGUAGAUAAAUUCCCUGGCAACUUUUAAUGAAGGUUAAGUAGGUUCUUGAUAGCUUAAUAUAAGAAAGUAUUGUAAUAUUUGCUAAUUGGGAGGUGUAUGUCUGCUUGUAUUUGAGUUGUGUAAUACAUCAAACCCUGCCAACUGUCACUGGUAAGAACAGUGGUUUUAAGACGGAUCAGUUUAUACUGAAUCGUCAUUUAAGGUGUCCAGCCAUGUGAACCAACAUGUGUUAGUAAUUAAUUAGUUUCUUGUCUAAUCCUGUAUUCUUUUUUAUAGUCUCUGCACAGCAGUUCUCAAUAGGGCAAGUUACUUUCAAAUAUGUCUGUAUUUUUAUAAAUAUAUUUCUGAAACUAGCUUUAAUAAAAUAAAUGAUGGUUUUGCAAAAGUCUGCAGUACCUUUACUUCUCUAACCUGAAAAUUGUUUUCAUCAUUCACUAUCUAAAGUAGAGAAACAAUGUCUUGAACAGUUGACAUUCAACUGGUUCAAGUAUAGUAGUAAAAACGGUAUUACAGUAUCUGACUACAACAGGGUCACUUGUCCCCUUAAGGAAGAGCAAAUGCUGAUCACUGGGAGCUUAAAAAAGCUAAGACAGAGCAGCAAACUGUCAGACAGUGGAUUCAAGGCAGACAGUGGACUUAACCACUGGCUGCACAGAGUAGCUAGACUGCUGUGCAAAAGCCAGGGCCACAGGGAACCCCUCCAUGUAUCUGGGAGAAGAUGAUAUGGUUGUUUGUUUGUUUGUUUGUAUUUAAGGACUUUUAUUAGUAUGGUCUGGCUGAGGACCUAGCUAGUCAGGGAGCAAAAGCUGGCCUGAAGAAGCCUGGUGUGCACUGAUGUCAAAUCAACAAUUAAAACGAUGAAGACAAGAAGUCACUGCACUGGUAUAGUUCAUGAGUCCUUUGUCUGCAAUCGGGUGUUUUUCAGAACCAUUAAUACCUGUCAUGGUGUACUACAAAGUUAAAAUCGGAAUUAAAAAAGCUCAAGAGUU